UGAGAGUAUAUAAAGAACAGUCCAAUAUAGAAAAUGAACAUAACAGCUAAGAGUUGGUAUAUAAGGAAGACUUACAGUGCCACGCAGUGAGAAUAAUCAUCGUGCGACAGUGUGACUCUAUAUUCAGCGUCAUUCAGUUAGAUAUAAAGAAGUCAGGCGAUUACAGUCUAUACCUUGAUCAGAAAGAUGUCAGGUAGCAUAAAUGGUGCGUUUGCAUUACUGGCGUUGCUCUGCCUUGUUCAUCACAGUUACCAAUGCAGUCCAGGGCCAGACUACAAACCACCCACAAUCGCCGAACUGACCCAAAAAGCCCCUAUUGUUGUUCGAGGUUUUGUUGUUAAAAAAGGCAAAGACAUCAAUCGUUUCGAAGCUUGUCUAUAUAUUUCUCACGUCUAUAAAGGUGCACGAGUGAAGAACUACAUUUGUGUAUCAGGUUUUGGGUCGUCAGCUGCCUGCUUGUCAGAGCCUGGCUAUGGAACAGAAUACUUGUUCUUUUUAAACCGAAAAGUAGACCAUAAGUUAGGAACAGGGUACGAGGCUCGUUAUGAUUCGAUACAUUCAGCUGUACAAGUGUUCGGGAAGGACUCAGAAGAUGGUAUCAGGGAUGGAAAAUGCUGCCCACGUACAUUGAAAAAUUGUAACAGUUUUCGACUGUUUUGUUCGCGAGGAUAUUGCGGCCAUAGUAAAUGCCGCUGUACUAGAGGUUUGAAAUACCGAAAAGUAUGAUAUGCUUGGAUGUUCAAGGCUCAUUCUUCCAAUGGAACUCGUCAGUCAUAGUUUUAAUAAUACUCAAAUGGAUUAGAUUUUUAGUACAGAUACAAUAGGAAUAAAUACGUUAUUUGCAAAUGUUUUUAUUUUAAUGAAAAUUAGCGGUGAAUAUUGACUUGAUAUUAAGUCAUAAGUUAUAUUAUAGUCAAUAGUAUAUAGAUGAUUUAUCAUAUUAGUGUGUGGAUCUGAUCUGUGUAGACGAAAUAGCUAUAUAGCAAUUUUAUAAUAGCAAUUUUAUAUUUUAAAUGAAUGAAAUUUU